AUGGAGCCGCUUAUCUCUCCACUCCUCCCGACUCCCCGCGUCGACGUCUACAAAUUGCCCAGUCUCCUUCCCUUCGGCCUCACCUACAACGUCCUCAUGUCCCACAGCGACCGUUUCCGCAUCAUCGACUUGAUCACAUACCGCCCAGGCCUCCCUCCGUGGACGAUGCGGCUGGAGCUGGCGUACCAUCAAUUCGAUCCCGCGGCUUGGGACAUUCUCGAGGAAGACGACGAGGCGGACUUGGCUAUUGGUUUUCAGCUACUCAAGGACGGACGAUUGCCGGGGAAAGCUGAGAGUACUGCAGACAUUGAGCCGUUCGAGCGGACGUUGACGGCGUGCUGGUCACGGAUUGUGCAACGCUGGAUGCGCUUGUACGCUCUGCACGCCUGUCGCAAGCAGUACUUCCGACAAGUCAAGGCAACACAUCCUGACUGGACCGACCAGGACGUGCGCGCGAAUCUUCCGUUGGGCACCAACUUCGCCCCUCCGCCCGCAGCCAGCAGGUCUCUGUGGCCGCUCCCAACUCCGCACCCCGACCCCAGCCGACGCCCACACCUCGUCGACCUCUGCGCGCCCAACUUCGACUGGUCGCCUUACUGCCUGUGGGACGAGCCGACGACCGAGUCAGACUCUCGCAGGCAGCGGAUGAACGAGGUCGCGCGAGCGCAGCGAGCGAAACUCGACGUUCUGGUCCGGCCUGGAACGGCUGUACAGGCGGAGUCGGCUAAAGGCGGAGCGACAGUUGUCACGGAGGCGUCGAGUGGCCGAUGUUCGGAGCGUGAAGCGGCCUCGCGUCGCGUUCAGAAGUCCGCACCGUCAUUCGUGUCCUCGUCGAGACUCGAGGAGCGCACGGAUUAA